GCUUCUGGACUCAGCUGACAGCGCAAAGACGCACGUUUUGGAAACGGUACAUCUCAGCCACACAGUCCACUGAAGCGGGCCACACGGAGGUGCAUGGCCCCAUCCCCUUGUGUCAUGAUGAAUCCUGCGCAGGGGUCACCGUCCCAAGACGCCAAACAGCUUCAUCAGAAAGAGGAGACGGACGCGGAGGGCGAGGAGCUCCAGCCUAAAGACAUGACAACCGAGAAAGGAUACAAACUCCAGAGGAGCAGCCUUCCGUUUAGCGUCGAGUCGCUGAUUUCCAAGACGACCACCUGUCGGACUUCUUACUCCCCCUCUGAUUUAGCCGUGGUCCUGCCCAAGCCCGCGACCGGCCAGGGCGCGCAGUUCUCUCCAAGGACUUUUUACGCCGAGAGGAGGCUUUCUGCGGAGAGCUCUCCGGGAGUUUCCAGAGGCUCCGAAGAGGACAGUCCGCAGUUUUGUGAGAAAGAGCAGAGCACUUGGUUUCAGACGUCCUCCUUCUCUACACCUCCACGUAGUUCAAGCCCAACUCAGUGUACUUUAAGGAAGCACAAAAACAACAGGAAACCUCGCACGCCGUUCACUACCUCCCAGCUGCUGGCGCUGGAGCGCAAAUUCCGCCAGAAGCAGUACCUCUCCAUCGCCGAGAGAGCCGAGUUCUCCAACUCUCUCAACCUGACGGAGACUCAGGUGAAAAUCUGGUUUCAGAACAGGAGAGCCAAAGCCAAAAGACUGCAGGAGGCCGAGCUGGAAAAGUUCAAACUGGCCUCAAAGCCUGUCAUGCCCGCCUUCGCGCUGCCUUUCCCCCUCGGAGCGCACAUGGGCACUCCGACGUGGAGCCCGUCAAACGCCUUCCCGAGGCCCAGCCUGCCGGUCCCAGGACUGUUCAGUGGACCCGUCACUUAUGGGAUGUACUAUUUGUCUUAGUGUUCCCGUGAGCGUCUGUGUUUGUCUGUGUUACGGUUGCAAUACACUUAUGAAUGAGGACGAUGCCCACUUUCCAGAGAAUGUUUUGUAUUUUCCAAUUUAGAUACUUGGGGUUAGUUCAUUAAUAAAUGCCGAGAGAUCUAUUGUCUGCGUAUUUUGGACCCUGCCGUGUGCGUAAAAAUAAUAAAAAAACAGACAUAAGGUUGUUAAGCGACAUGCCUUAUAACAUGGCCUUCCAGCCCAUCCAGUGCACAUGUGAAAGUAAUAGACAUUUAAAUGCUUCUGGACCUGAAGGAAAUAAUUCACCAAGGCGGAGGAAGAAAAUACAACCGAAAAGUACUUAAUCGGUGUCAGUGCCUUUAGACCACACAGUGCGCUAUGAAGUGUCUCUGUUCAUUCAGCUGACUGUUUUCUGGCUGCAAUCACGCGAAAAUGCUGUAUCAAUUUUAUUUCCAUGGAAAUUCCUUUCAGUUUCUGUAUUUUGUGAACAAUAAAAAGGGACAAAGUUAUUUUAGAGGAAGACACCUAUUAGUUUAUUAAGCUCUCACAAUGUGGCCUUUAUGUGAGUGAUAUAUUAAAUCUUUUGGGGGCGAUUUUUGCUGUAAAUGUAAAUAGAAAUUGUAGUGUUCUCAAAGACCUGCCGCCUCGCCUGAAGAGCAGGAAAAGUGGUAUUUAUUUUAUGUUUGUAUCUGUACUGUGUACAUACAACAGUCUAUCUAAAUGUUCACUUACUUGUAAAAAAAAAUGGUUUUAGUAAAUAAACAAUAUAGUACAA